CUCCGGCUCGCUUCUUCGACUCACGCAGACGCUGUUUUGUUUCUCCUCGAUUCUGAUUCUGCUGAGCAUCGAUUUCGGUCAUCAAUGGCUCCUCCGGCCAGAGUUCUCAUGGUUGCUGAGAAGCCCAGCAUCGCCCUCUCCAUAGCUUCCGUUCUCUCCCAUGGACAGAUGUCUACAAGAAGAGGCAGUACGGAGGUACAUGAGUUCGACGGAAUGUUUAGAGGCUUCAAUGCACAUUAUAAAGUAACUUCUGUGAUUGGGCAUGUUUUCAGUGUAGAUUUCCCAGAAAAAUAUCAAGAUUGGGCGUCAAUCGAUCCGCAAGAUCUUUUCGAUGCACCGAUUCUUAAGAAAGAAUCAAACCCAAAGGCUCAUAUUUGUAGGCAUUUAAGUAAUGAAGCUCGGGGUUGCGGUUAUUUGGUGUUAUGGUUGGACUGUGACCGUGAAGGAGAGAACAUAUGUUUUGAAGUUAUUGAGUGCACUGGCUUUGAUAUGAAGGAUGGUAACAGAAGGAUUUAUCGUGCACGGUUUUCUUCUGUUACUGAGAAAGAUAUUUCAAAGGCCAUGGAGAACCUUGUUGUACCAAAUAGGAAUGAGGCACUAGCUGUGGAUGCUCGCCAAGAGAUAGAUCUAAAAGUUGGUGUAGCAUUCUCGAGAUUCCAGACUAGUUAUUUCCAAGGCAAAUAUCAGAAUCUAGACCAGGGGGUUAUCUCGUAUGGUCCAUGCCAGACUCCUACUCUUGGGUUUUGUGUGCAACGCUACAUGCAAAUUACUACUUUCAAGCCAGAAAAGUUUUGGGCUGUGCGACCUUAUAUAAUAAAGGAUGGUUAUGAGCUUCAAUUAGAUUGGGAGAGACGCAAAUUGUUCGACAUGGAAGUUGCUGCCAUGUUUCAGAAGUUAGUAUUAGAAGAUGGAACCUUAAAAGUGAUUGAUGUAUCAGAAAAGCAAGAAGUUAAAGGCCGUCCAUCUGGACUUAACACGGUGAAUUUGUUAAAGGUUGCUUCGAGUGCCCUAGGAUUUGGGCCUCAAAUGGCUAUGCACCUUGCUGAGCGACUGUAUACUCAAGGUUUCAUCAGCUAUCCACGUACAGAAAGCACCGCAUACCCUUCUUCGUUUGACUUCACAGACACGCUGAGAGCGCAAGCCAAUAAUGAAGUGUGGGGCACCUACGUGCAGAGACUGCUUUCCGAAGGCUUUCAUAAGCCAAAAUCAGGAACUGAUGCAGGAGACCAUCCACCUAUCACUCCCAUGCGAGCUGCCUCUGAAGAUAUGGUUGGAAGAGAUGCUUGGCGGCUCUACCAGUACGUUUGCCAACAUUUUAUCGGCACCGUGUCUCCUAACUGCAAAUAUAUAAGGACGAAAGUGGAAUUUUCAAUUGGUGGAGAAACUUUCCAUUGUACAGGCCAGCGUGUUACAGAAAAAGGGUUUACAGCUAUAAUGCCCUGGUCUGCAGUAGAUGAAAAGAAACUCCCAUCUUUUGUCAGAGGAGAGAAGAUUGAAGUUUUAAGAGUAGAGCUGCAUGAGGGAAAUACUGCCCCUCCUGAUUUUCUUACUGAGAGCGAGCUGAUCUCUCUUAUGGAGAAGAAUGGAAUUGGCACAGAUGCAUCAAUACCGGUGCAUAUAAACAACAUAUGUGAGCGUAAUUAUGUACAGGUUCAAGCUGGGAGGAAAUUGGUUCCAACAGCAUUAGGCAUCACACUGAUAAGAGGCUAUCAGUGUAUUGAUCCAGAUAUUUGCUUACCAGACAUCCGGAGCUUUAUCGAGCAACAAAUUACACUUGUGGCCAAAGGUCAGGCUGAUCAUUCACACGUCGUGCAGCAUGUGCUUCAGCAAUUCAAGCGGAAAUUCAGUUAUUUUGUUCAACAGAUCGAACAUAUGGAUGCAUUGUUUGAGGCACAAUUCUCUCCACAUGCUGAAUCUGGUCGAGCUUUGAGCAAAUGUGGAAAAUGUUUGCGAUACAUGAAAUACAUCACGGCAGUUCCUCCACGUCUCUUCUGCGGCACAUGUGAAGAAGUUUAUUAUCUUCCUCAAAAGGGCUCAGUCAAGCUGUACAAGGAACUCACAUGUCCAUUGGAUAACUUCGAGCUCUUGAUCUUUUCGAUGCCUGGCACCGAGGGAAAGUCAUUUCCUCUCUGCCCGUACUGCUACAACAGUCCUCCGUUCGAAGGCAUAGACACGCUCUUUGUCGCCUCUGCCAAGACCAGUACCGGUUCGGGAAUGUCAUGUUCUCUCUGUCCGCAUCCGACAUGCCAACACUCUGUCAGAAACCAAGGAGUAUGCGCUUGCCCAGAAUGCAAUGGCACUCUCGUCCUCGACCCUGUAAGUUUUCCCAAGUGGAAACUCAACUGCAACAUGUGCAAUUGCAUCGUGUUGCUUCCCGAAGGCGCUCACCGGAUCGCCACCACGAGGGAACGCUGCCCCGAGUGCGACUCGACCAUUAUAGAAGUGGACUUCAACAAAAGGACGACCCCUCUGGAAGAUGGAGAGACUUUGCACCAUGGAUGUGUUCUCUGCGACGAGUUGCUUCUCUCUCUUGUGGAAGUGAAACAUGGAAAGUCCUUUAGGAGAGGAAGGGGAAGAGGGAGAGGGAGAGGGAGAGGGAGAGGGAGAGGAAGAGGAAGACGAGGCGGCUCUAAAGGUAUCGAUCCGAAAAUGAGCUUCCGAGAUUUCUGAAAACGGGUUUGUGUAUUGUUCGUAGUGCUGGUUUUUACU